CUUGAACUGUACCAAGCUCCAAGAGCGACACUCAUUCUUGGCACAAGCUAAGAGGCGCAUUGGCAGGCACGACUCGCGGGUGGACUCAGCGCUCUGAUAUAUACCUUAGUACCUACCAUGGACAACCGGACAAUGCAUCGGCUACUACCUUGAUAGUAACGUUAGUAGCUGCCUUGAUAGAGCAUGUAUCAAGUAACACCUGGUGCAACAGACAGGCAAGCAUUCUGGGACGGAUGUAUGACGACUGACGACGGCACUUGCUACUACUAAUUGAAUGCCAGUGCCCCACACGCCAUGACUUCUCUAAUAAAAGCUCCCUCAUCAGUGACACACCACACGACACGACACGCGUCGGGGUUCGGGUUGCAACUCACCAGCGACCAGAAACCAAUUCAGUUCGCGAGAGCCACCGACCCCGUCCUCGCGGCUCGCCCUUCAUCGCCGGGCACCCGGCACCCCACCCACGGUCGCAAUGACGCCCCUGAGCCUCGCGGGCAAGCACUGCGCCGUCGUAGGCGGGACCGGCCACAUCGGCUUCCAUAUAGCCAAGGCUUUCGCCUCCCGCGGCGCCGUCGUCACCGUCCUCGGCCGCUCCGCCCUCGAGGCCCGCCCCAAGCUCGAGCCCAAGCUGGUCCCGUACUCGCCGCCGCCGCCGGCCCCGUCCUCGGACGAUGCUCCUGCUCCGCGGUCGUCGCCGCCAGAGCCGCUGCCGGCGUCGCACCGCUUCCUGCGCCUGGACCUCUCGGACCCGGCCAACAUUAAAACCGUCUUUUACGAGAACAACCCCGCGGGCGCAGAGAAAUUUGGUGACAGGCAUGUCGGGCCGCUCGAUAUUCUCGUUAACUGUGCGGGAAUCGCGCAGACCACCCUGCUCAGCCGGACCUCUAAUGCGGAGCUCGCCUCUAUCAUCGACACGAAUCUGCUCGCACCGAUGCUGGUGUGCAAGAAUGCCAGACUAAGGCGGAAUGGAUGCAUCAUCAACGUCUCGAGCCUCAUGGCCAACAGGGCUGAACUCGGCGUUACAGCCUAUGCAGCUUCCAAAGCUGGCCUAAUUGGUGCGUGCGAAAAACAUACAUAUGAAUCAUUCAUCAUUGCUACAUGACAACAUGGCUAUCCUCAUCCUCCC